GUUGAAACAGGCCACAUCGAAAGAACAACCCCUGUCGAGUUAAUAUUGCUAGCAUUUAGCCACCGGAUUGUUCUCCUUUCGGCCCGUUUCAAUGUAACGCCACUCCGCCAGAAAAUAGCAAGUAGCACGAGUGUCUAAAUUAUCCACCCCACAAGGUUGUUAUCGAGCAUCUAGCCAGGUUGUUACACGCAACUCUGCCUGAUGGUCUAACAACCCCCCCUGCAAGUCGGGUCAACCAUGGCCAAUCCCAUCGGUUCCAGGCAUUCAUUAUGCACCUGCUAACGCUUCCUUGCAAGGGGUAGCCGAAAAAUGUUCCGAGAAGUUUCUCUUUUCUUCAUGGCGUUUCUCGGGGUCUUGGUCCGAUUCUUCUACUCUGGACUUGAUAUUUCUUUUUCUUGCUUUAUCCACGUUUCCCACGGUAUAUCGCAGUUGAAAUGGCCUCCUACGAGCUGAAGAACAGGGCCUCGCAGACCCUCCAUGAGGUCGGACACGUGCAGAACAGCAAGGAUCGCGAUGAAUUAGAUUUGGCGCGAGUAGGAAAAAAGACAGUGCUAAAGCGCAACUUUGGGGUCUUGUCAAUUCUUGGAUUCAGUUGUACUAUCAUUGCAACAUGGGAGGGAUUGCUUGAUACUUUUUUGAUUCCUAUGGAAAACGGAGGGCCUGCCACCGCCGUUUACGGAUAUAUUUUCGCGUGGAUUGGGACAGGAUGCUGCUUUGUUCUUCUCGCCGAGCUGUCCUCCAUGGCACCGACGUCUGGCGGCCAGUACCACUGGUGCGCAAUGCUCGCACCUCCUAGCUGCAUGAAAUUCCUCAGCUAUAUCACAGGAUGGCUCACUGUCAUCGGAUGGCAAGCAGCUUUCGCCUCCACUGCAUUCAUCAGCGGAACCGAGAUCCAGGGCACCGCUAUCUUAGCCCAUGAAAAGUUCAACGCUGAACCAUACCAAGGAACCCUCAUCAUGUGGGCCAGCAUUGCCCUUGCUUUAGGAGUGAAUCUCGUCGGCGGUAAAUUCCUCCCCCGUCUAGAGAACCUCGUGCUCAUUCUCCACCUCCUCGGAUUCUUGGCCAUUCUCAUUCCUCUCACAUACAUGUCCGACCAUAAAACCGCUAAAGAGGUCUUUACCACCUGGACCAACGAAGGCGGCUGGUCGUCAAAUGGAAUUGUCUUUUUCCUCGGAAUGCAGGGCGGAAUCUUUGCAUUUGCAGGCGGUGAUGCUGCGGUGCACAUGGCCGAAGAAGUCCAAAACGCCGCGGUUACCAUUCCCCGCGCUAUCGUCAUGACCAUCCUGAUCAACGGUACCCUUGGUUUCGGCAUGCUGAUUGCAGUUCUCUUCUGUAUGGGCGACCUCGACGCCGCUCUCGAAAGUCCCACCGGAUACCCCUUCAUGCAAAUAUUCUACCAAGCCACGAACUCCCUCCCAGGCACCCUGACCAUGAUAUCUAUUCUUCUGAUCAUCGGUCUCUGCGCCACCAUCGGCAUGCUGGCCGCCACGUCCCGUCAAUUCUGGUCAUUUGCGCGGGAUCAAGGAAUUCCGGGAUGGCGACUCUGGAGCAAGGUCUCCCCAACCUCUUCUAUCCCAAUCUACUCUGUCAUGUUCACCAUGACCGUCGCCUCCCUCCUCGGCCUCAUAAACAUCGGAUCCGACGUCGCCCUGAAUGACAUCGUCUCCAUGGCCGUCUCAGGCCUCUACCUCUCCUACUUCUCCGUCGCCUCUCUCCUCCUCUACCGCCGUGUCACCGGCGCCAUCCACAACCACGAAUCCGAGAUCCCCUCGUCCUCCCCUACCACGACUGUAAACGUCCCGGGGUCUCCACUCGUCUGGGGCCCGUUCCACGUUCCCGGCAUCCUGGGUGUCGCGGUCAACGUGUUCGCACUUAUCUACAUGAUCAUUGUCAUCUUCUUUAGCUUCUGGCCCACCGAGGCGGUGGUCGAUUAUACGACGAUGAAUUACAGCGUGGUGGGCACGUUCGGAACGGUGAUUAUUGCGGUGGUGUACUACCUGAUCCGGGCGAGGAAGGUGUAUCGGGGACCGAUUAUUGAGACGAUUUAAUUGUCUUGUCUGUUUGGCCGUUUGAAGUUGAAAUGAAAAGGCCGAUAAAAGGUGAGAAGAUAACGGAGCUCUCUCUCGAUCUCUCUAACAAAUGUACAUCCCAGAGAGAUGGUAGAGUGAAGUUUACUAUAAUAAAACUGGUUUAAUUAAUUCUGUAUAAGUCACAUAGAAGGAUGAUGAUGACAACACAAACAGCAAUUCAAUCCAUCAGAA